AGGAGUUCGGGGUUAGAAUCAAAGUAUUAACAUUUCGUUUGAUUCACUUAAUGUCCCUGUGUGUUUUUCUUGUUCGAGUAACUUUACACAGUUCCAUCAUUUAUUAAAUCUUACUCAUAAACAACUACGUAGAACAAACUACAAUUUUGGAACAUGGCUGCUGCUGCUGCUGCUGCUCUGCUCGACGAGCUUAUGGGAAGGAAUAGAAAUGUUCUUCCCAAUGAAAAACCCAAAGAACUUAAUUGGGAAGAUCCUGAGUUUUGUAAAUUGUAUUUAGUUAAAUUUUGCCCUCAUGAUUUAUUCGUUAAUACGAGAGCUGAUUUGGGUGCGUGUUCUCGAGUGCAUGAUGACGAAGCUAGAGAAUUAUUCGAAAAAGCUCCCUACUCGUAUCGAAAACAACAAUACGAGGAUGAAUUUAUUAGAUUUUGUCAAAGCAUGUUGAAUGAAGUUGAAAGAAAAAUAAUAAAGGGAAAACAACGAUUAGCCCUUAUUGGAAGAACAGAAGCGCCUACCUUGACACCAGCACAAACUCAAAGAAAUGAAGAACAAAUUGCACUUUUAACUGAAAAAAUCAAUAAACUAGUAGAAGAAGCAGAACAAAGCGGAAUACAAGGCAAUGUGGAACAGGCUCAAGGCCUAAUGAGACUAUGCGAUCAAUUAAAAGAAGAACGAGAAACGUUACGGAAGUCUAAUGAUAAUAGUCAUUACAAUCAGACUGCUGAAUUAGCUGCUGCACAAGAAAAACAAAUGGAGGUAUGUGAUGUAUGUGGUGCAUUUCUUAUUGUUGGUGAUGCUCAACAACGAAUUGAUGAUCACCUAAUGGGUAAACAACAUGUUGGCUAUGCUAGGUUAAAGAGCGCUCUUCAAGAAAUUAUGAGUAAACGUGAAAAAGCCAGAGAUGAAAAGGAGCAAAGGAGGGAAGAGGAUAGAAAACAAAGAGCACGUGCAAAUGAAGAACUUGAUAGGCGAAGAAGAGAUGAUAGGGAUAGGGAUAGAGAAAGAGAUAAACGUCGUAGGCGUGAUGAUGAUAAAGGCAGACAUGACUCAACCAGUCACAGAAAUUCAGGACACAGAAGUAGAAGCAGAUCAAGAGACAAACAUGACAGACAUCGAGAUGAUGAUCACCGACGUCAUGCUCGAGAUAAAGGAAGUCGUGAUCAUCGAAGCUCGAGUCAUCACAACCGACGUCGCCAUCGAUCUAGAAGUCGAAGUCACAAGUAACUACUCUUGAUUGGUUAGUGAGUGAGAAGUAAGCCAGGUAUGCACUAAACAAUAUAUCAUAUUCGUCUCAAUUACUGUACAGGUUCUUUACCAGGUGAGUUUCAUUAGAUGCACAUAAUAUAUACAUGAUAAUUAUCUGUAAUUUUGAAGAAUGGCAUAGUCACAGCGAGCCAGUCUCUGGUCCUGCCUAUUAAUCGGAGAAACACUUGUACUAAAUUUCAUAUGGACCUGUUUGUACAGCGUUUAAUUUUCAAAGUGACGAGCUCGCUCUAUGUAACGUAUUACUGAAAAAACGGUGCAUCGAGGUAAUGUCGAGCAAGGAAUAGUAAAAGUUGUUCCCAUAUGAAAGGUAUUUUUAUCAUGUAGUACUAUAGAUAUUGUCUACAGAGCAAGAUAGGAGAAGGUAUACCUAUGCUUGCUUUGAUCGGUAUAAUGUCUUCAUAGGGUAAAUCAAUUAUAUAACUUCAACGACUGCAUAGCUUUUUUGUCGAAAAGAAAUUAGUGGUUUAGUGGAGGAAACAGUGCCUACUUCCGUAGACCUGCCACAACAGUGCCCUGUGUGACUGUGACUAUACAAUCCUAGCUUCUACUACGCAUUUCUGAGGUAUUUAUAUCGGAAUGAUAAUACCAAACAUGUCCUUUUAUUAGGAAAAUUAGACGUUUUCAAAAUGGUGAUCUUUAUUUUGGAGCAAUAUUUGAGUGCUUAAAGUUAUGAUAACAAACUCCUGCUCUUACUUUCCUUAUUCCCUGAUUGUAAUUUAUUGGAGCAUAUUCAAUUUGAAAUCAAACAAUUAUUAAUUAGUCAGGGAAAAUUUCUGCUAUGUAACCAAAGGAACAAGUUUAAUCAUUACAUUUAAGAUAAUAAAGCCAUAAUUUUUUGAAAUAAUAAAAGAUUCAUAUGUAUAGUCCAAAAAUAUAAAGUAUGCAUAUUUAACAGCCAUGUGGCUAUAAUUGAUUAAUCGAUAAAUAAGUCCAGAUUAUAACUUGGUAUAUAGUUGUAUUGUCGUCUUUUGAACUUUACUUGUAAAAGUUCGAGAAACAUGUAUCAUAUAUGAUGCAUAUUCUUCCCUUUGCAUGCAUUUUUUUCUCCAUUAUUUUUAGUUCUGAGAGACAGGACAUGGCGAAGCUCAGUCAAAUUUUCUUAGCAGAAAGUCGUAAUUCUUAUAAUAUCACGGUACAGCGAUUUGAAGGUUGAUGACAGGUCAUGUGGAAUGUAUCUUAUGGUGCUCCGAGGACAUCCCCUUUAAUCAUAUCUUGUCUUAUUCUUUUACCGCGUCCUUCAUUUCGGCUUAUAGAAAACUCAUACUUUGUGCGCGUACUACAUUUGUGUAAUUCAUAUGUAAUUCAUACAUCAUUCACACAUUUAAUAAUAUACAUCCUGGACCACAUAGACUUUAUAAAAGAAGUAGAAAGAAAGAAAGAGAAAUGGAAGAAGCAAAGUAUCAAAAUAAUGGUUCUAAAUAAAGGAUCGUCUUGUAUUGUUACAUUGGGAUGAAAGGAUUCUUACAUGAUAAAAGAUUCCAAUUGUUUCUAAUGAAAAUUUGUUAUCCAUCAUGAUAGGUUUUCAUUCCACUCUCAUUUCAUUUUUAUAUUGUCAUAUGUCUGAUAAAUAAUUUUAUAUUGAAGGAGAAUUACUAAAAAUAAAUUUAUUAAAACAUUAUUUCAGCACAGACUUACUCACAUGAAAAAGGAGUAAAUUUAUUAAAUAAUAUUAAAUUUUUAUAUUAAUAAGUAUCUUCUAAAAAGGUUAAUAACAUUUGUUAUGUAACUUUUGUAAUGAUAAUUAAUGUCCCUUUUUCGUCUAUAAGUUUAUUAAUACAUCAAUUAUUUUUAUUUAAAUUCUGUAUAAUGUAUUUAAAAACUUAUUCUAUUUAUUUCCAAUGUCACAAGCAAAGAUGAUCAGUUUUAAUUAUGUAAUCUACUUCCUCACACAUGUAGCCGACAGAAGUAUGAUAAUUUUUUAAAUGUCAUGUAUUAGGACAAGGUUAACAAAUAAUAUAUAAAUACGUUAUCCUGUGCUAUUUGGUAACGACCAAAAUUAAUAUGAGAGAAAAAAAUAAUAGGAUCAUAAUUUCUAAAAGCUGUGUUGUCUAUUUUCAGACAGGAGACAUGCUAUGGGGAUAUAACCAUUACAACAGGCUCACUUGCACACUGCUUAAUAUAAUAUUAAGGUAAAGAUUUUGCAUAAUCUAAAAAUUCCAAUUAUGAAUUUUAUACUUGCGUUUACGUUGAUAUUUGUCGCAUCGCGUACUCUUCAAGCUAAUUACGAAAAAUCAAAAUUCUAAAAAUUUAGUAUCUAAUUAAUAUUGUCAACAUUAUAAUUUAAAAAUUAAAAACAGAUUUAUUAGUAAUUUAUUCGUAUCUGAUGCAAAUGUUACUUUAGACUACAUAUAAAAAAAGAUAUGAAGGUAAAUUGUCUAUAAUUUACAUUGUAAUACUUUUAAGAUUGUUAAUUAAAUUUAAUAAAACAGUACUACAAUGAAA